AUGGCACCCCCCAACAAGAAGAACAUCCAGGGAGACAUCUGGCCCCGUCUGUCCAAGAAGCACGAGCUUUUUGUCUUCUUCCGCAUCACUAACCCUGAGCUGUUCAAGAAACACUUGGCCGCCCUUAUUCCUAAUCUGACGACUGCCCGCGAUGCUGAGAGAUUCAGAAAAGAAAUCUACAAGAAGAAGGCCGAGGGUACUCUCAAAGGUCUCGUCCAUAUGUCUGCCAUCAAUGUUGCCUUCUCUGCCAAAGGUCUAGCAAAGCUUGGAGCCGAGGCAUUCACCGACGAUGUCUUCAACAACGGCCAGUGGGAGGAUAUGACCUACCCCCUUGAGGGAGAUGACAAGAAAAAGCAUAACGGUCUCGAUGACCAGCAUGAUUGGUUCCACCAAUUCACCCCACGAUCUGGAUACCUCGACGGUGUCUUCACUAUCACCGGUGAAAGUGAGAAAACGUUGGUCGAUACCAUUAAAAUGGUUGAGCAGACUUUCGGAGUUGGUCUCGAGGUCGACAAGCCAAGUAUCCAACUUGUCUUCCAGCAGCAGGGACAUGUCCUUGACGAUGACAGAGAACACUUUGGAUGGGUUGAUGGUAUCUCCCAGCCAGUUGUCAUCGGUCUAGACACCGAUGCAAAGGUCGAAGAAGCCAAGAAGGGUUUAAAGCCAAUUCAGGCUGGUGCUAUUCUUGUUGGAGGCGAAGGCGAUCAAGGGAAUCACCCAGCUUGGGCCAACGAGGGAAGCUUCAUGGUGUUCCGCACAUACGAACAGAGAACACCCGAGUUCGUCGCCUGGUGUGCCCGCAACACUAAGAGAGUGGCCACUGAGGGCAUAAACAAACGAUCUGCAGCAGAGCUUCGCAAAUUCUCCUCCCGUGUUGUUGGACGAUGGCCCAACGGAGCCCCGCUUGAGCUUUACCCAGACCAAGAUCCAUCACCUAUGUUGGACCCCGAUCCAAUCGAGAACAAGAAGCAGUUGUUCACACAGUGGAAAAAGGAGAAUAAAGACCCCGAAGCGGAAUUUAAAAAGCUGGAACAGAUAAAUCACACGGAUGCCUUCACUUACAACCCUGAGGACCAAACCAAAUGUCCUUACGCUGCCCACAUCCGGAAGUGUGGGCCUCGAGAUGACUUCCCCAAUUACGAGAAGCAUCUUAUGUUGCGACGUGGAAUUCCCUACGGACCACAGACACUGAACAAUGAGAAGGGGGGCGGUGUGUCCCAGCAUGAUCGUGGUCUGUUGUUCGUUUCCUACCAGAGCAGCAUCACCAACGGAUUCCGAUUUGUCCAGAAAGAAUGGGCAAACAAGGAGGAUAAACCUGUUGAUUUUACUGACAAGAUGGGAAAUGUCGCGCCCCAGGGUAUCGACGCUAUCAUCGGUCAAGUGCCUCCCGACUACCGCGCGGAGGACGAUGUUACCAAAUACGAGCACCCAGCUCCUGUUGCGAACUUCCCCGAUGUUGAGAAGCCCGUGCCAACCCCGAACAAGCACUACAUUCCCAUCGAACGCUGGGUCAUCCCUCGCGGUGGUGAGUACUUCUUCGCUCCUUCCAUUUCUGGAAUGCAGGACACUCUUUGCAAAUAA